AUGGAUGACUUAAGCGGUCUCAACUGGGCGUCUACCUCGUCCAACAAUGACGCCCGGAAGCCUCCCCCCAUGGGCUCGGGUUCUUUAUUCCAGAAUGUCCGGCGCAAUGAACUAUCUGGCCGAUCCACGCCGUUAUCUGCAUCCUCCGGCCCCUCCAAUCCGCCGUCAAAGUCCGCAACCCCGGAUAAAGAUAGCUUUGCAAACCUGGUCUCCUUCAAUGCAGCUAGCGCGAACAAGAAUCUCUCGCUCCUCGAACAACAAAAGCAGCUGGAAGCGGACAGGGCCAGAAAGGAGGCGGAGAAGAGAUCCCGGUUCGAAAAUCAAUAUGGGGGACAGAACAGCCAGUUCUGGGACAGUCUUGAGCGAGGGGGAACCCCGGCAGCCUCGGUGCCUGCCACUGCCACGGGACAGCAAAGCGCAGCCUCUGCCGAUGAAGAUGAUAUACUUGCCGCCUUCAAUGCAUCCGCACCCGUCGAUGCCUCGACGCAUUUUCCUGUACCUGGUGCAAGCCCUGCGCCGCCGGUCGGAGCGGGCUAUUCUCAGGCUAGCCAUAACGGAGCAGGCGCACCCCUGCACGGAGACAGCAGUAUGGCUUUCCCCGACGACGACGAUGAUCCAUUUGGCCUCAACCAGUUGAAACCUAAGCCCGCGCAACCAUCGCAGCAGUCCCAAGCUGCCAACGAUGAUGACGAUUUCCUCGGUUUGUUGGGUAAGCCAGUAUCUGAGCUUCCUCGGCCAGAGCCUCCCGCCAAACCACCUACACCCCUGGAGACCGAGCAUCAUGCUCCCUCCCCGAAACCUACAAGUGGGAUUGACCACGCCAUCGCGGAGCUUGUUGAUAUGGGAUUCCCUGCGGAUAAAGCCAGCCAGGCCCUGCGCAUGACGUCAUCCGGUACCGAUGUUCAGGCGGCUGUUGGCUUGCUUCUCACUCAGGCGCAUGAAGAAUCCCGUCAGAAAUCCAGGAGUAGGCCAUCCGGGGGUGAUCGCGCCUCCGCUCAUCCCGAGAGAAGCAGAGAACGGAAUGAAAGACCUAGCCGCGAUGUGCCCUCGUGGAUGCAACAAGAGCGAUCCCGGAGCAACAACCGCUCGCCAAUGUCCGCGGAAAAGGACCCGUCUCAAAUCGCAGCCGCAUUUGGAAAUAAUCUGCUGAAGACAGCGAACUCUCUGUGGAAGACGGGUAACAAAAAACUGCAGCAGGUGGUCCAAGAUUUUAAUGUGGAUCAUGAUCCCAGCCAGCCGCGAUGGAUGAGGGAGACACCCGCUCAUGCUCAUGGCGAACCUUCUGAUAGUCGUCCUCGAGAAGAUCGUUCGCGAACUUCUACGCAGCCCCAGGUACGGUCUGAAAACAUGACCGAUGAAGCAUUAUUGCUCGAGUCAGGCGGCCCAGUUCGUUCAUCACGAAACCCUGCACGGUCCAACGAUGGGCCUGGGCCUCGCACUGCCAGCACCAACGUCAGGCGACAGCCGUCUCCACCAAGGGAUCGGCCGGUACAACAGCCUGCGUUCAUGCGGCAGACAUCGAGGAGUGAAAUGAGGGAUCCCAGAUCCCGUUUGACAAAGUCUGCCGUGGAGGAGCAAUCGGCGCAAGCUUACGUUAGCCCGGCAAGAAGAAAGCGCCCUGUCGCUCAGUCUCCUGCCCCGGAGCCGCAAGUCGACCUGUUUGAUUCCGCAGCUCCAGUUCCAGCUUCAGCCUCAGCUUCAGCGCCGAAGCCGAAACCCCCACCUUCGCCCGCUCAACCCUCGCGUACCUCCACACCAUCCAAACCUCUGCCCACCCGACCCAAGGCUCCGGCACGAUCAAUUCCUCCCGUGUCGCCACAAGCACUUUCUUCGACCCAUCGUCAACGCGAAAUCGCCGCGGAUGCUUACAAGCGGGGCGACUAUGGUGCCGCACACGAAGCCUUCUCCGCAGCUCUGACACCUUUGCCAGAUAAACAUCCCAUUACCAUCCUUAUCCGCAGCAAUCGCGCCAUGACGGCUCUGAAGGUUGGUGAGCCCAAGGUGGCAAUCGGAGACGCGGACACCAUGCUGGAGUUGAUUGGCCCAAUGAAGGGCGAAGGCGAGAGCAUUGACCUCUGUAAUGGCGAGGCCGCCAAGCCGAUGAAGGACUUCUUCGGCAAGGCGUUAAUGCGCAAGGCCGAGGCGUUGGAACAGCUAGAGAGAUGGACCGAGGCCGCACAGACCUGGAAGCUCGCGGUGGAAAGUGGACACGGGGGCAGCACGAGUAUCCAAGGUCGCAAUCGCUGCGAAAAGGCCGCCGGAAUCAGCAAGCCCGCCGCCAAGCCCGCCGCGCCUGCUCGACGCCCACCUGCUCCUGCGCCGAAGAAAGCAGCAUCUGCUCUGGCCGAUCUGCAAAGCUCAUCUGGCGCCUCAUCAGAAGCCGUCACUCGCUUGCGAGCCGCCAACCAGGCGGCCGAGCGCGCCGACGAGGAGAAAUUCGCCCUGUCGGAGAGCGUCGAUGCCAAAUUGGCGGCGUGGAAGGGCGGGAAGCAAGACAACCUCCGGGCCUUGCUGGGCAGUCUGGAUAGCGUGCUCUGGCCCGAGGCCGGCUGGAAGAAGGUCAACAUGUCCGAGCUCAUCAUGCCCAACAGGGUCAAGAUCCAGUACAUGAAGGGCAUUGCCAAAGUGCAUCCCGAUAAGAUCCCCACAGAUGCCACGACCGAGCAGCGGAUGAUCGCCGGUGCAGUCUUCGGCGCCCUAAACGAUGCUUGGGACAAGUUCAAGAAAGAAAACAACCUGUAA